UGAUUGAGCUGAAACCGAUAUGGCUUCUUUUCCCAAAUUCUCUAUCAAAUCCAUCGCCAGACACACCCCACUGUUCCAUUUCAGAACCCUCGUUGUCUCCCCUCCCAACCAAUCUCAACGAUGCUAUUACUACCACUUCUCCCACCGCACCCUUUUCCUUCACCUGCGGUCGUCUCGCAGCCUAGACGAGGCCAUCAAGCUCCACGCCCUCAUGGUCCUCCAUGGUUACCUAAGCCACAGUCCGGUGCUGGGUGCACAGCUUGUGCACUCGUAUGUCAGCUUUGGUCGCCAUCAGGAGGCCCUGACUGUUUUCCACCACCUGCCCAGAAGGAAUUCUUUCGCCUGGAACUCCAUCAUCAAAGGUUCGGUCACCUCUGGUCGCUUCGAUGAAGCAUUAGCAGCCUAUCAUGACAUGAUCAGCCAUGGCUUGGAUGCCGACCAUUUCACGUACCCGUUUGUUCUAAAGGCUUGCGCGGAACUGUCGGAUCUCGAGCAGGGGAGACAGAUUGGAGAGUCGAUCAAACUCGACGCAAGAACCAACAGCUACGUGCAAUGCGCUCUCAUUGACAUGUUUGCUAAGUGCGGCAGCUUAAGCGAGGCCCGAAGGGUGUUCGAGGAUAUGCCGAUGAGAGAUUUGGUUUCGUGGGGUGCAAUGAUUUGUGGAACCAUGCAAAACGGUGACUGGUUGGAGGCGUUGAAUCUGUUCAGGAGGAUGAGGAGGGAAGAUUUUAGUCUCGAUUCUGUCGUGGUAGCGACUGUUAUUCCGGCAUGCAGUAGACUAGGAGCUAUGCAGAUAGGAAUGGGACUGCAGGGGUGCUCUAUAAAGAGUGGAUUCAGUGAUGAUCUCUGUGUUUCCAACGCUCUGAUUGACAUGUAUGCAAAAUGUGGACAGACGAAAACAGCUUGUCGACUAUUUCAGCUUUUGGCCCUCAAAGAUGUUAUCUCAUGGAGUAGCUUAAUUGCAGGGUACUCACAGAAUUGUGAAUAUGCCGAGUGCUUGGAGUUGUUUACCGAGAUGCUGAGAUCAAGAAUAAAACCGAGCUCAGUGACUGUAGCUAGUGUUCUUCCUAGCAUAUCUGAACUGAAGACCUUCAAAAAAGGAAGAGAGGUUCACGGUUAUGUUGUAAGAUGUGGGUUUGAGUUUGAUAUCUACAUUGCAACGGCAUUAGUUGAUUUCUAUUGCAAAAGUGGAUUGUUGAGAGAAGCACAGUAUAUCUUUGAAAACCUGUCAGAUUCAGAUAUCACCAUAUGGAACUCUAUGAUUUCAGGAUAUGUCCUCGAUGGUGACGUACAUUCUGCCUUCCAGACAUUGCGAAGAAUCCAUAGAUCUGGACUAAGGCCCAAUUAUGUAACAGUUGUUACUGUCCUUCCACUCUGCAAUCGCUUUGUGAUGCUCAACCAUGGCAAAGAACUACAUGGCUAUGUGACUAGAGGUGGACUAUCUUCUGUGGUCUCUGUGAAUAAUUCAUUGAUAGACAUGUAUUGCAAGUGUGGCUGUCUCGAACAUGGGAAGAAGGUUUACACACAGAUGAUAAACAGGGACAUUGUUACUUAUAACACUAUAAUUGCUGCUCUUGGGAUGCAUGGUCAUGGGAAUCAGGCAGUAAUGUUCUUUGAUCAUAUGAAGAAAGAAAGAAUCAACCCAGACAGAGUGACAUUUAUAGCACUGCUAUCAGCUUGUAGCCAUGCUGGCUUCAUUGACAGGGGUUUCUCCUAUUAUAAUUCCAUGACAGAGGACUAUGGCAUUCUUCCAGAUAUGGAGCACUACUCAUGCAUGGUGGACCUUUAUGCCAGAUCUGGGUACCUGGAUGACGCAUGGGAAUUCAUCAAAAGCAUGCCGGUUGACCCAGAUAUUGAUGUACUGGGGAGUCUGUUGAGUGCUUGUAGAACUUAUAAGAGAAUAGACCUUGCUGAGUUUAUCAGCUCGCGAAUCUUUGAAAAGAAACCUGAAGAUCCAGGUUACUAUGUUCUUCUAUCCAAUAUUUAUGCAGCUGUUGGAAGAUGGGCAGAUGUGAAGAAGGUGAGAGCAAUGAUAAAAGAUAAGGGAUUGAUGAAGAAACCUGGGAAUAGCUGGGUUCAAGUUGGACAAUGCAUUCAUUCAUUUCUCGCUAAAGAUAUGGCUUACAUAGAACAUGGUAUGCUACAAGACAUUUUGAGGAUUCUGUCUCAAGAGAUGAGCGAAGAAGGAUAUAUUCCUGACCUGAUCUCCCUAGCAGAGGAUGAUAACAUUCACGAACAUAUCAAUUAGAAGGAAGAUUUUGACAGGAUUUCAUUGUAGUAUCAGAGUCAAUGAUGUUUGUAAUGUUCUGGCAAGAAAUUUUGAGAGAAAAGGUUAGAGAGUUACAAAGGACCAGUCUAAAUUCAAGUAAUGGAGAACGAGGCGACCUGGUUUGGCCCAGGCGCAAUUGAAGAGUAUUUGAUGCGAGCAACUCGAGCAACCCGACCAAUUCCCAUGUGCUUUCCCGGGCGUAGACGCGAAGCCUUCUUCUCAUGUGGUGAUGUUGACGCUGCGGCCAUUAUUAACAAUGUCAAGGUUCGGCAUGAGCUCCAAACGUGACGAGCCGGGAUGGACGUGGGGGACGGUGCCGCCCUCAACGUGUUUGCUUUAUUACCGCAAAGAACUACUUGUACAGCAAUGCAGCCACCAGAUCAUGAUUCCCUGGGCCAUUAUGUCCUUUGGAAGUGUCAGCUCUUUCUAUCAAUUAAUUGGACACGGAAAAGCGUUUUCACUCGCUGCAGUGAAUUCAACUUGAGGCCACAGCAUGCAUGUCCUCUUUGACGCUUCCAAUUGUUCCAAGGAAGCUUUGGCGACGAUGGCACUGCUCUUCUACGAGCAUGACUACAGAAUAUCCCUGCAGACCAAAGCAAGCAUGAUAUAAUACUAUGAGCAGUUGACUGAUGGGAAGAGAUCAUGUGAUUCCAUGUAAUUUGGAUGUCAUGUGGGAGGAGGAUCUGCAGCAUCGCAAGCUUCGGCAUGGCACGUGGGAAAGCCGGCAGUCCUGCGUGGGAUUAAGCUGUCACUGAUAUGCACUCUGUCGGCUUUAGUCUGACGACGAUAUAACGAUGAGAAAAGACGAACGAGACAGCGAAGCAAAUAAAGAUGAGGAAAAAGGAGAGAGAUCAAUCGGUGGAAUCCACUGCCACCACUGCACCUCACAUGCCGUCUAUAAAGCCAGACUCUGCCACAUCCACUACUGAUCCAUCCUUUGUACCCGUUUCCCUCUUUCCUUGGGCUUCCACACACACCUCUAGCAUCUCUCUCUUGUUGCUUCACCAGAACGUCCGAGGACGGUCGACAUACGUGAUAGAUGGCGGACGAGGGCACGGCCAACUGCAUCGAUAUCCUCCUGGCCAUCAUCCUCCCUCCACUGGGUGUCUUCCUCAAGUUCGGAUGCCAGGUGGAGUUCUGGAUCUGCCUGCUGUUGACGUUGUUCGGGUACCUCCCGGGCAUCAUUUAUGCUGUGUAUGCCAUCACCAAGUGAACUCGUUUCUCCUACUUCAG